AUGGCUCCGAGCUUCCUGAGUCUCAGGGAGCUUCGUCGCCGCUCGAAAGCCAGCUUCCGCACCGACAAUUCCACCGACGGUUCUAGCGAUGGCGUCGUGAGCCAGCAGACGUCGCCUUCGAGCGGCUCGGUUACGCCUCCGUCCAUUGCGCAGCAGUCGGAUCCCUCGCUUGAUCAACUGGUCAAGAAUAACAGCCCAAUUCCGCAGCUGCAGCCGCAGCAGUCGCCGCUGGCCCGCCCCAUGCUUGCGCCAGGUUCCAAUGGAAGCAGAUACAGUGUCUCGGGCAUGUCUGGCCUCGGGUCGCCCUCCAUUAGCGGCAAGAACAGCAUACCACUAUCAAAAUAUGCGCCGCGGGUGCAUAACGUUGCAGAAAACUCCUGGGUGUAUCAAAAAACGCUCCUCAUAUAUGGUACAAUUGGAGAGCCAGACUCGCCACCGAUCAACGGCAAUGUCGUCGUCAGCCGGUAUGACGACGCCUUCCCGCCCAUUACCUGGCCCGUAUGCGAGUCGCAUUUCAAAGCACUCGUCUAUCUGCAACCCGGUCCAAACAAGUUUCGCCUUGACUUCUCCAGCCCAAAGCUGGUCAAUAGCUCGUCCUCGAACCCCAUCCACGCCUCCUAUCUUACCUUACACAUGCUUCCGACGAUGAACGCACCGCCGCUGCAGCUAGCAAUCCUCUUGGGCAGGGACUCACCAGCAACUUUCGAUGCUGCUCCCGCAAGAGCGGAGCGGGAAGGCAACGGCCUGGAGACUGCCAUAAGAAAGUUUCGAAUGGCGGCAUACUUGUGGCAGGCCUUCACUGCCGAGCAGAUGUGGCGCCACCGGUUGGGCCGGCGCGCCUUCCGGUUUGAAGAGGAGUGGACAUUGGGGUCCUCCAACUACCGCGACAGGGAGCACGGCAUCAUGCGGUCCGAGGCGAGGGUUCACGUCAUCCGGUCUGACAAGACCGUAGCCGAGCUGCGGGACUUGAACCGGGCACAGCAAAACUCCAAGGCCACCGACAAGGAUGCCCUCUUUGGCAUCGCCGCCGAUGCCGUCAAAAGCUACUUCAACCCGCUUCCCGGACAGAAGCACUACGUCUCGGUCUUGCUGCUCGAUGCGCACUGGGAUGUGGACGCGCAGACCAUCACCGGUCAUGCCGCCCUCGGUGGCAAUGCAGGAGACUUGCAGCUCGCAAUCUUCGGCUCGCAUUGCCUGCAGAGCUACCCCACCAGCUUCGAAGAGGUGGUGCCCGCAUUCACCGACUGCACGCCGACUGACACCAAUUACGUUGCCAACGACUGCAACGAUGCAGGAAGCUCGUGGGAAGCCGCCAACAUCGGCAUUGGCGCGCACCUGCAUGAGACAGGUCAUUUGUUUGGCUGCCCGCACCAAGAAUCCGGCAUCAUGCUCCGCGAUUACGUUGUCCUCAACAGGACGUUUGUUCCGCGCGAAGCAUAUUCGACGAGGACCAAGUCGAAAGGCGGCCUUGCUCUGCAGGAAGAUGAAUGCGGCUGGCAUCGUCUGGACGUGCUCCGAUUUCGCGCCCAUCCCGCGUUCCGCCUGCCAAGCGACCCGCCCAUGAAUCCGGACGAGAGCGUCCAAGCGUUUGCAACAGAAGGUGGCAGCAUCAUGGCCAUGGCAGCAACAGGGAUCACCUUUGUGGAGCUGUUCGUUGAAGGAGAGGACGUCUGCCACACGUGGAUCGAGUUUCCGACUGACAGCUCACCGAUUCAGCGACAGGUCUCGCUCCACGAACAGGAUUUAAAGGCAAGACUGCCAGAGGCGAAGCGAAAAGGGCGCAUCAGCAUAUCGAUCAAGUCGCACGGCGGUGGCUCGUUGACGAUAGAUGACGUCCAGGCCUUUACGAACAAGAAGUCAUUCGUGAAGCUUGGAAACGGCAAGCUGGCCUCGAGGAGCCUCAAGCUGGGUCAGUCUAAGAUGGAAGGCAGUAAGGACGAUGAAGUGAUCUUCACAAGCGCCAUCAAACAGGGAAGGGCUAUGGCUCGGAUUAUCGUCUACCAUGGCUCUGCCGUCGACGGCCUGGAGUUUGUGUACGACGACGACUCGAGACAGCUCUUUGGAAGCCGCGGCGGAAAGGAGGGCGGCGAUGCAGUCGAAUUCGACCUUCGGCGUGGGGAAUAUCUGAGCGGCUUCAUCGUCCGAGCCGGCUUCUGGAUCGACGGCAUACAGAUUUUGACAAGCCUUGGACGGAAGUCGGCCAUGUUUGGCAAUGCUUACGGCGGUGCCGCGCACACUCUAAUUCCUCCUCGUGGAUAUUCCAUUUGCGGCGUCUCCGGCUCAUGCGGGCCAUGGGUGGACGGCUUCUCGACCCUGAUCAGACGCUGA